AGAAAUUUCCUCUAGCGUACCUAAGGGGUAGUUCUGUAAUUUUAUCCGUCAGCUACGACGUCAUUUCAUCCUAUGCCAGCAGCCAAAUGGGGAAAAGACAGAGACGGACGGAAACUUCAAAAAUUCCUUACUUGUUCCUGGUUUGCUGUCUGUAAGAUUCUCGAUAACUCCACUCCACGAUUUGAUUCCGGAGGAAGAAGGACGGAAGGUGUUGGUUGAGAAUGGAGUGUCCGAAGAACGCGUUGAGUUACAACGGGACGCACUGUGCGUGUCCGGUGGGGCAACUGUUGAACACCACUACCAACAGCUGUGAGGUUUUCGGAACGAGGUCGGAGAUCUUUACUGAUAGCGGCGUUGAUUUGUACGCGCUGUCGUUUCCCGAGACCAUAUUCUCCUUCGAUUCCAUCAGGAAUUUCACGCAGUCGCAGGCCGUCUUCCUUGAGGCUACACUCGUUUUACUUCUCUCUUGGCUCGCUUUCUGCUUCUUCCUCCGCUUCUUUAAGCUCCGAGAUGGCAGAAAUCUCGUCUUUAACCUCAGAUGGUGGAUUAGCCGCUUGGAUGUUUGCUUUGCCACCAGGCAUUGGCUCGACGACCAGAGUACGGUUAAGAAGCGGAAAACAGAGCUUGGGGGGACUUUCUCAAUAGCAAGUUGGAUACUCUUCAUCGGCUUGUUUGCUGCGCUGCUUUACCAAAUAAUAAGCAAGCGAACCAUCGAGAUACAUAACGUCAAAGCCGCAAAUGCACCUGAGCUAGCUUCUUUCAUCAAUGACAUGGAAUUUAACAUAACCGCCGUCUCUAGCAUGAGCUGUUCCAACUUGCGCGGUAUUGGUACUUUAGUUACUGGGGAUCCAGGCUUCCCUGGCUUCAGAUUCGAUUCUCUCUCGAAUUUUGUGGGCUAUUCAUGUCACAACACCAGUGCUGGGCCGACCAUAACUUUAAAGUGUAGCAAUUGUCGUCUCCGUCAUGAUUAUAUGUACAUUUCGUGGCUGUUUGUUGAUCUUCCCGAUAAUCCUGCCACUGCCGUUGGUUUUCACUUCAACUUCACUGCUAAAGAUCACGCCAAUAAAAAGCAUACCAGCUUUGUUGGUGGAACCCUAAAAAAUGGAAGCGUGCUUAGUGAUAGACCGGUAACAUUCAGAGGGUUGGGGGCAAACGUAUUGAAGUUCAGCCUCUUUCCACGAAUAUAUCAUAAUUUUAAUGAUCUAAGGCUCAUCCAACCCCUGUUUCAUGAGUUUGUCCCAGGUUCACAUUAUGCUGAUGAUGCUCAACUCCAAGCCUCCCUUGAAAGUUCUACAGAUGGACUUAUCAACACCACAUUGUUUGUCAACUAUCUCUCUUCCUACAUUGUUGAGAUAGAUAAUCAAAACAUAAUGGGUCCUGGUAAGAAUUUUGCUUCUUCUGUACAUUACACUAAUUGGCAUAUGUUCAGUAAAUAAUUCUUUCCUAUCUAUUUUUUGUGCAUUGACAUAAUCUUUAUGUUGCACAAAAAGAACUUUGUGCACUUUCUCUCUGAUAUCUUGUUAAGUUUGUUUCUUAUAUUGCCUCCUAAUUACAACAUGUAAAUGUAGUUGUAACAUACCUCAAUCAAGUCCUUUACAUUGACAAUGGGACAUUUUGGAACAUAAUGGUUUAGAAAGGCUUCAGGUUUGGUAAAUUAUUUGCGACAUUGUGAUUUUUCUUAAUCGAAAUGGUGGUUCUUUCAAUGUUAUACAUUUAGUCAGAAGCUUGGGUUAUCUGCAUGUAUGUUUUUGAAGUAGAGAUGGACAAAGGAGUGGUUAAAUUUUCAAAAGGAGCCUUGAUUGAAGGACUAUUUGAAGGGCAAGGCAGGCAAACUUGGGAAGUGAUUUGAUGGCAAAGCCAAGGAGUCUUUUGUCUGAGUUAUUUUUUUUUAAAAAGGAGUUUUUGAUUGAGAAUUGAUGGUUUCUCAGCUGGCAUCAUAAAUGUGGUCAUCUUAUCCCAAAUGUCAGCAUGGGUUGCUCCAUUUGGUACUAAAGACAAGAUCUUUUCAUAUGAGAAUUGAAGGUUUCUUGGGUGAGUUCUGAAGUUAGAUCUUACCUUGAAAUGAAAACAAGACUUCUUGUCUUCGGUAGCCCAAACGGUUUACUUAUGGGUAGUAUUAGCUGGUGUUAUGUUUGCUGACCUGUGGGCAUG